AAGUAAAUACAUAUGUUUAUAUUUUUAAUUUAUAUUUUAGGAAAAAUGCUAAAUCCUUCUCCCUCCUCUUUUCUUCUUCCUUCUACAUGACAGCCGCCACCCACACCUUCUCCUUCCCCUUCAUCCCGCAGCCCCUCUGCCUCCUCCAUCCCCUGCUUCUCGAUCCCGAACUGCUCCGCCAGCACCUUCCACAGCUGCUUCCACUUGAACACAUCCCCGUUCAUCACAUUAAACGCCUCGUCCUUCUUGUUCGGGUUCACCGUCGC